ACCGCCGCGCUCUCCCUCCUUCUCCUCUCGGCUUUUGGUGGUUGUUUUUUGGGGUUUUUAAAAAUUUUUUUUUCUUUUAAUUUUUUUUUUCUUGGGGAUUCUCCUCUCUCCUGCCAGACUGACUUACACGUUCUUGAUAAUUUCUCUUCCCCUCAUUUUUUAUACUCUUCUCCCUGCUUCCAAACCCUGUGUCUGUGUGUUUCAAUACUAUCACAACCUCUGCUAAAAAUAGAUCUUUUUAUACCCUUCCUCCUCUCUGACCCCAUCCAACACCCCUUGUUAAGGUAACUAUCUUACACCCAGAGCAAGAAAAGUAAAUUCACUUGGCUGUCCCAUAUCUCUAAGGAACCUGAUGCAGGAGUGGACUAGAGAAGAGACAGAGAGAAAAACUCCGAAGACCUACAGAUCAUCUGGCUGGCAGGGUCAAGUUUUCUCUGGAUUGAGGUGGAACUGUGGCUCAUGGACAUCUGAUGUGAUAAAGCAUACUCAACACUUUUAGAUAUCUUGAGACUGCAAAAGCUGACCACCAACAGUAGGUUUUUAAAUAUCACUGCUCUUCUGACAAGUUGAUUAAGUGAAUAGAAGAAAAAAAAAAAGAAAAAAAAACGAAGCUACUUUCAAGUUUUGAAGAUACAAGGCCAGGAUGAACACGAAGGACGGAAAAGUGUCUGAAGGAGGUCUCAAUGUCACUCUUACCAUACGCCUUCUCAUGCAUGGCAAGGAGGUUGGAAGCAUUAUCGGAAAGAAAGGUGAGACAGUGAAGAAGAUGAGGGAGGAGAGUGGUGCUCGAAUCAAUAUUUCAGAAGGCACUUGUCCGGAGAGAAUUGUGACAAUAACAGGCCCAACAGAUGCAAUUUUUAAAGCUUUUUCUAUGAUUGCACUAAAAUUUGAAGAGGACAUCAACGCUUCGAUGACAAACAGCUCGGUGACAAGCAAGCCGCCCGUAACACUGCGGCUCGUGGUCCCAGCAAGUCAGUGUGGAUCCCUCAUAGGAAAAGGAGGUUCCAAAAUCAAAGAAAUCAGGGAGUCCACAGGAGCCCAGGUGCAGGUGGCCGGGGACAUGCUGCCCAACUCGACGGAGCGCGCGGUGACCAUAUCCGGCACUCCCGACGCCAUCAUCCAGUGCGUGAAGCAGAUCUGCGUGGUGAUGCUGGAGUCCCCACCCAAAGGUGCCACCAUCCCCUACCGUCCCAAACCUGCCUCUGCACCUAUCAUUUUUGCAGGUGGCCAGGUAAGAGCAGACACCAUUUUGGCUUCAGCUGGAAACCACACCGUCCUGGCCCAGCCUCAGCCAGCGCCUGCGUUCACGAUUCAGGGGCAGUAUGCCAUCCCUCAUCCAGACGUGAGUCCAGCACAUUUGACCAAGCUUCACCAGUUGGCUAUGCAGCAUCCCCCCUUUACUCCCCUUGGGCAGACCACCCCUGGUUUCCCUGGACUGGAUGCCACUACUCCAACCAGUUCCCAUGAACUUACUAUUCCCAAUGAUUUAAUAGGCUGCAUUAUUGGCAGACAAGGCAGUAAGAUAAAUGAAAUCAGGCAGAUGUCAGGAGCGCAGAUCAAGAUUGCUAAUGCCACAGAAGGCUCCGCAGAACGACAAGUUACAAUCACAGGAUCCCCUGCAAACAUCAGCUUAGCACAGUACCUCAUAAAUGCAAGGAUAUGUUCUUCUCUUGGUGUUCAGGGAUUCCCCACACAUCGAGACGAGAAUAGACCCCUUCAUUUUUAGUUGCACAAACACCAUAUGGCAUGCAUCUGGAUCUCGGAAGAUAACAAUUUAGGAUCUUGAAGACAGCUAAAGCAUGCAAAUAAAAUAAUGUACUUAUUAAUGGAGUUGCAGUGAGCUGCUCACCAGAGACAGAAACUCUAGUGAACAAAACUGUUUGACUCACUUUAGAAAAAUCUGUGAACUCUCACAUUUCUGUUGAUGACCGUUUAAUGGUUCUUGUGGUGGAAUGGGAUCUAUGUGAGGUCUUUUAACAUACUUUUGCAAAGAAGAAAACUCCUCAGCAGUUAUAUACUACGGAUCUCUAUCUAUACCCUGUGAAACCAGAAACAAAGUAUUUUGUUCCUGUUAAAUUUCUAGAUAGAAGUCAUUUGUUACCAUCAUCUACAAUAAACCAUCAUAUAUUAUUAUGUACCAUGUGUUGGAACUGUAUUUAGAUGAAGUGACUUCAUUUGUAAAUGAAGACUCUUUAAGUAAUGUGUUCUAAAUUAAGCUGUAAGGUAACAUAGGCAAUUAAGGUGGCUUUUUCAUUUUAAAAAGCAACACUUUUCCUGACGUCUCCUUUCACAUGAGACAUUGCUGUCCGGCCAGGUGCCACCACAGCAGCAGUGCGAGUACCCCCAGCUCACACUGGGGGAGGACUGAGAAGGUGUGAGGCAGGCGGGAGGUUUCCUCUAGUGAGGUUUAGGUGCUGGGGGAGGACAGAGGUGAAGAGCCAGGCUGCUGCUGCUGCUGCUUCUGCCUCUGUGUGCUGGGAGCCAUCUCCUAAACCUGCCACAGGUGAUGCUGACUCUUUUAAAGACAGUGGCAUAAAACAGCUUUGGGGAAGAGAUGAGUACAGCAUGCAGACUGCCCAAAGUGUGGUGUGGUAUAUGAAAAUAAUAAUUACAAGAAAUAACAGCCGUAUAAGCAUUCAGCAUAAGGCAGAUCUUUUUCUCCCCUACAAGAUCUAUUGUUCACGGGAAUCUGUUUCCAGGGCCAGUAUUUCUGCAUAAACCCAUGUCUUUCAGCAACAUAAGAUGUAAAAAACCAAAAUUAUCUAUCCACAGUGUUCCUGAAACAUAUUGUAUGUAUCUUUAAGCUAUCCUCCAACCAAAGUUGCUGUCUAUAGAAUAAUUUAUCAGCUUGCUUUAAGACUUUUAUUGCAAACUGGUGUUGGAUAUGUACAUAGUAUAUUCUAAAUUAUAGAUAUAUAAAUAUAUUGAUAUCAUAUCAAGACAGAGAUCUAAAUCUUAUAAAGUAUUGGUUUGAUUCUGUAUUGCUUACCCGAGCGCUGGCCUCUGUACGAAUGGAGCGUGUCUUAGUUUGUUUGCAGUUGAAAUGUCUUUUUUUCUGUAAAGCCUUCUGUCUCUUUAACUGGUCUCCACUGUAGUAACAAGAUUUUCAUUACCCAAUUCCAUCUUCUUGCUUUUAUCAAGAUUGAACUGCAGUUUAGUUUUUCUGUGUAAUAUCUGAUUUUGUAUUAUAAAUGAAUUUAGCCAGCAGCACUUGCUCCUUGUUGAAGGGCAGUUUCCUGGAGGUAUUUUUUUUAUGAAAAGUUCAUUCACAGACCCAACAGGACUGCCAAAGCCACACCUGCUCUCUUCUCUUCACCAGUUUCAGGUAAUGCAGGAUGUGGCCUUCAGUGUAUAUAUUCAGAAGGUGCAGGGCCGGCAAAGGGACAGUGUAAAAUUGUCACUCUGAAAUUUUAUAUGAAGGCUGCCUCACCUCCUUUCACAUGCAACGUUGUUGCAUCCACAGUUGGUUUGGGAAACUGCCGCUGCUAUGGGACAGCUGAUAGCUAACCUGAUGAACUCCCACCUUAUGAGUUGCCACUAGUUUUCAUGAAUGGGAAAGAGGGCAAAUAACUGCUACAACCAUACCUAUAAGGGUAAACCAGAGACAGGGAGGUGGAAUGGCUGCUACCAACACUAGCAUUUUGGCCUGUGGGAUCUGUUCUCCCUGCAGGAAAAAGCUUAGGCUCAAACAGCCCCCCCCCUCCAUAUCAGUAAAGAUUUUUUGUUUUUUUAAAAUGCACAGUAGACAAAUUUGGAGUCACUGAAACACUGAGUCCUGCAGUACCUUUCAAUGGACCUCCAUCCCAAAAUAAUACUGAGUAACACUAAAAAAUCCAACUGUAUAAACUGAGGUUUUCAAAACAUACUAAGGUAUCACAUGUAGUUCCUACACCCCUAAGUUGAGGAUGUACAGUGGAAUUGGAGUCUCUGAUUCAGUGGUCUUGACAUAAACCCCUCUGUGUGAGUAGAUGGCAAGCAGCACAAGGGUGCACUUUCCUCUGCUUAGAAAAGUUGAGUUUCUCAUCCAUGGGGACAGAUAAAGACUUUGGGGUAGGAAAAUCAAAACUUCCCCUCCCUCAAAGGAGUCUGAAAUUUCAUGCACUCACCCUCCUUCCCUCCCAGCUCCUCACAGAAGAUGUGCUCCUUCCAGCUUCCCAGCAAAAGCUGCUGAGGUGUUUAUGCUCCAAGAGCCCUCUUUUCUUUGUGGAGAAGAGAGGAGCUCGGUGCUCAAACAUUGCCCUCUCUCCUCCACACUCCUCUCCCCACCUCAGACCCACUUCAGGUGUCCUUCAGACUCGCCAUCCGCAGCAGUGCUUCGGGAAGCUCUAGUCCAGUGUCCCCAUUGCCUGCGUAUCCUGGUAGAUCCUUGCAUCCUUGCACGAGGCAGGCAGUGUGCUGGUCAUUGCCUUUCUCUGGCAGUGGAUGGCCAUGGGGCUGUUACUCUCCAAACUGUGUCUAACAUGAGGAAAAGAGAUGCUUUUCCAAGCCCUGUUGGGGGUGACCAUGUUUCCUUCCCAGCCUGCAGUGUGGCUUCAGCUGCUCUCCGAGCCUGCUUACCCAGUCCUCAACAGGGACCAGCACAAACCCUGUGUUGGGAAGCCUUCCUGAGCCUGAUGGGGUGUGGGAAGAAAGCGCCAAGUCCUCUGCAUGGCCAGCCAGCAGCUUGCUGGCACUUCACUCUGGAAGCAAGGAGCUGAUACAGCUCCUCAGCUCACCUCAGGAGAAAGCCCAGGAGUCUGACAAGUUAGUAAUUGCCAAAAAGCCCAAAUUGACUAGGAAUACACAUGCAACCGUAGCUAGCAAAGGUUUUCUAACCCACAGUCCUAUUUCUAUGCUAGGCUGCCAUAGCUCCCAGCUGGUCACCUGCAAAAAGCAUCCUGAUAGUAGUAUUUGUGUUCUUUGCCAACCCAAAACCCAGUGCACAAGCAGCAACAAGCAAAUGGGCAAAGGGAGUAUCUAGGCAAACAUUCUGGCAUGCAAAGAAAACUGUGUGUCCUUGGAAUUAUUGUAUUUUAAUGUCUGAAAAUGUAACAGAAAAGCAGAAGUAUAUGGGCCAAACUCAUCUUGCCAGCUGAUGGGUGGAGUUAGAUUAAAGUGAAGGUGGUUUGAUUCCUACACCCUCCCAAGCCCAUCACUGCCCUGGGCUCGGAGGUCAGGUCUGUCUGGAAGUUCCUGGUGCUGGUGGGGUCUGUCUGAGGAUGUGUCUGUUGUAUCCAUGUGGUACCUUGUGUGUCAGCUGGAAAGCUUUGUCAUGUUCACUGUAACCACUGUGCAGGCUCAGAAAGGAUACCACUGCUGUGCGAGCCGGGGUGUUCUUCAGUGUUCCUUUUUACUAAUUUACUUAUAAUUAGAUUGCAUAAAUAUUUUGUUGUGAUA